AUGGACUAUUUUGGAGGAGACCCGUGCCUGCUCCCUCCUGUUGCAUGCAAUGCACAAGGCUACGUGACUCGAUUAAUCCUGGCCUCGUUUGUCCCGCAUAUUAACGGCACCUUAAGCCCCUACAUCCGCUUCUUCCCAUACCUGCAAGAACUGAGGCUAAACGACAACAAUAUGACAGGUGAAGUGCCAUGGGACGCACUGGGCGAGCUGAAGGAUCUGAGGGUGUUGGAUUUGAGCAACAACUCGUUCAUAGGAGGAGUGAAGGCUGUUGGUAGCCUGCCACGCGUUGUUGACCUGCGGUUGCAGAACAAUCGACUGUCUGGUACCGUGCCUGCUGCAUUCAAGGACAAGACAUGUGAUCCGUUUUCGGGCAAUUCCAAUCUUUUCUGCCCGCCAGACUUUGCCUCUGCAGCGCAAACCAUCCCGGCAACAGUGCCAGAGGCUCCACCUUCCUCCUCCUCCAUCUGGCCAAUCAUUGUCGGGAUUGUGGCUGGCGUCGUUUGUCUUGUUCUGUUCCUAGCUGCUGCAUGGUGGUGGUGGCGGCAGCGGCGGCAGCGGAAGGAGAGAAUCGAGGGAGGCGAAGAGGGAUCGGAGAAGGACGAUAUCAAUGACCCGUUGCAUGAGGAGAUCCUGGGCCAAUUGCAGCAGCUGCAGCGGUUUCGCCUGGAGGACCUUCGCAAGGCAACGAGUGGGUUCAGCAGCAGCCUGCUGCUGGGCGAGGGGGGGUACGGGCUGGUGUACCGAGGGAGCCUCAGGGAUGGCAAGCAGGUGGCAAUCAAGCUGCUCAAGAAAGAGAGGCGGGGCAGCGAGGAGGCAUUCAUAAACGAGGUGAAUGCCAUCAGUGGCGCCGUGCACCGCAACCUGCUGCGCCUGGAGGGCUUCUGCGUGGAGAGGGGCGAGCGGGCGCUGGUGUUCCCCUUCCUGCCGCAUGGUUCCGUUGCUGACUACCUCAAAGGUGGCAAAAUGAGAGACGACAAAACACCGCUGACGUGGAAGCACAGGAGGAAGAUCGUUCUGGGGAUAGCAGAGGGGCUGGCAUACAUGCACACUGACUGCACUCCGAGACUCAUUCACUGCGAUAUGAAGGCCGAGAAUGUGCUGCUAUCGGAGGACAACGACCCGGUCAUUUGCGACUUUGGCCUGUCAAAGCUGGUGGAAGUCGACGUAAUACCCUCAACUGCCAGGGGAAACAGACCCAGUGCAGCAGUGCGGGGAACUUUAGGGCACCUCGCUCCAGAGCUCUACAAUACUGGCAAGUGGUCGGAGAAGACUGACGUGUUCGGCUUCGGCGUGCUGCUAGUGGAGCUGGUUGCUGGCUGCAGCGUUUUCGACCUGCCCAUGAGCAAAAGGUGGGUGAGAGAUGGGGCAAGGGAGAUGCAGCAGGGGCAUGUGGCGACGCUGGUGGACGUGCAAAUCCGAUCCCACCCCUCCAACUGCGACCCUUUGGAAGUCUUCCUGCAGGUGGCUCUGCUCUGUCUGCAGCAGUCCCCUUCAGACCGGCCCACCAUGAGCGAGUUUAUGUUUCCUCCCGCCACUCAUGCUCCUCCUACCACUCAACAGGCUUUGCUGUAUCUUUCAAAAAGUCAAGUUUCAGUUGGCAUAUGA